GGCCUGCUCCACGAGGAAUCUCCCAGGAAUAAUCCUGUGCUCGUUCACGAGGAGGCGCUCAAUCUCUUCAACUACUCCUCGACGUUCAGCAGAUUUAGCAACGUGCCGCUCACGCUUCUCGAUCUACCGGAUGUAGAGGAAUUAGUAGGAGAGUCGUAUUACAUAUCUACCAAAGAGAAGUCUGCGCUAAUGCAGGCGAAAGAUUUAGCACCAGUAUUAUAUAUUCAAUCUGACUGUGAUACCGCUAGUGACAGGGAUCGUUACGUCUUAGAGUUAAUGAAGCAUAUUCGAAUUGACUCCUACGGUACAUGUGUGAACAACGCACAGCUCGACGACAGGCUGAAGAACAAUUACCUCGAUAUUUUAAAUAAUCGUGAAUUCUUGUCCUUUGUGGCCAAAUAUAAGUUUACCAUAGCCUUUGAGAAUGCGAUUUGCGACGAUUAUAUCACGGAAAAACUGUGGAGGCCGCUUAUCGUUGGUUCGGUACCAAUAUAUUACGGAUCGCCGUCCUUUAAGGAUUGGCUCCCAAAUAAUAAAUCUGCCAUCUCAAUAUUAGACUUUGCCGGUCCGAUAGAACUCGCCAAAUUUUUGCACAAUCUUUUAAAAAAUGAUUCUGCAUACGAAGAAUAUUUGCCCCACAAAUUGAGCAAGCGCGAAAAUCGCGUUGCAAAUAACGAGUUGUUACGCGUGCUCGAAAGGAGACCGACGGCGAUUUCUAACGAAUUUGGGAAAUACGUGGACAAAUUCGAAUGCUUUGUCUGCGAACAAAUACAGAAGAAUAAUCACAAAUUGGAAAAGAGUGUAGUAACGAAAAGACAGUACAAUUGUUCUCUGCCAAGAGAUCCGAUAACGGGCGAGAUCAAUAAGCGCAAUUGGUGGACGGAACAGUGGACUAUUGAGAAAUGCGGAGCUAAGCUGUUAACACGUUACAUAAGUAACAAUAUCAGCAUUAAUAUAAAUUCUUUCGUCGACCAAAAGAUGCAUAUGUAUGACAAUAAUGAAUGCUGAGACACGUAAAAAGAAAGAGAAAGAGAAAGUUUUGUACAAUUUUGUGAGAGAAUAUAAAUACUCGGAUGAUUCACGUA